UCUGGGUCGUGCACCUUGCGCGCGCGUGCGUGCGUCAUAUUAAAGCGGUCCAGUGAGAGGCGGCGCGAUACAAUCAAUCGUAGCGUCGAUGGCAGACAGCAGCGGCGACCCGUGCUCUGAAAUCAGUCCUUAUGUAUGAAAUGACCUAACAGACGCUUCAGCGUCUCGGGUAAGCUUGGUCUCCUCAGCUUGAAUAACCGCAAACGAGCGAAUUUAAAGCAGAUCGGACUUAUUUUACGCCGGUGAACAAGACUCCAUCAAUCUAUCUGGUGUGAGAUGAUCAAGCCCGUGCCUUGGAAAUCAAUCACAGUUCUACAUCAUGAAGAGUAUAGCAAUUGUGUAAAUGUUCUCCAAAGAUGUGAGGACCUGGCGGAAGGGAAAUCUUCCAGGAGAAAAAGGAUUGAAGAAACACAUGGGCAUCUUAAAGAAAGUGGAGAUGUCCCAAAAGAAGAUUUUCCUGCUACUGAUAGCAAUCAGUAGUGUCAGCCUGCUUCUCCACCAUGGAGGUCACUUGAACUUGACGUUCGAGGCAUUCUGGUUGGGGUGUUCAUCCUCCGCGGGCAGCAGUGAUCCUGCUCUUAAACAUACCAGUGUGGCCUUCCUAAAGACGCACAAAACGGCCAGCACCACUGUGCAGAACAUCCUCUUCCGCUUUGCUGAACGCAACAACCUCACCGUGGCGCUUCCUGUUACCUCAUGUGCCCACCAGUUCUGCUACCCUCGGACAUUCAGCAACCGCUUCGUUCACCCACAUACGACGCCCCCGGACAUCAUCACCAAUCACUUGCGUUUUAGCCGCACUGAGAUACGACGCCUCAUGCCCAACAACACAAUAUACAUCACAAUAUUGCGGGAACCAGGAGCCAUGUUUGAGUCGCUGUUUAGCUACUACAAUCAGUACUGCCAAAGCUUUAAACGUGUUCCAAAUGGAUCUUUAGAGAUGUUUCUAAAUCAUCCCUGGAACUACUAUCGUCCGGAAGAUAAUGAUUCAAUGUACGCACGGAAUACGCUGACCUUUGACCUCGGUGGCGAUAAGGAUCGUCCUUCGACAGAAGCGCCAAUGUAUGCAAAACGGUUUGCUGCGGAGCUGGAGCGAGUGUUCUCAUUGGUUAUGAUUUCAGAAUACUUUGAUGAAUCGUUGGUGCUGCUACGCCGCUUGUUGUCAUGGGACCUUGACGAUGUUCUGUAUAUGAGUCUUAACAUGCGGACCCAAUCCUCUAAAAGCAGACUCUCCAACAUAAUGACGAGAAAAGUCCGAGCUUGGAAUGCCAUAGAUUCCGUACUGUAUGAUUACUUUAAUGCCUCAUUGUGGCGCCAGCUGAGAGCAGUGGGAUUACCAUGUGUCGAGCGGGAAGUUCAGCUGUUGCGUCAGUCACGAGAUCGACUUGUACGUGGCUGCUUCGGUGGAAAUUUGCCACAACUUCGCUCAGCUUCUCAGAUUAAAAAUAAGGAAUUACGACCUUGGCAGCCAAGUAACAAAGUGGCGAUUGUUGGGUAUGAUUUGCCAACCAACAUAACACAAAAAGGCAUGUAUCCACGAGAUGACUGUUUAAAGAUGAUAAUGCCAGAGGUGCAGUACACACAGCUAUUACUCAGAUCAGAGUCGUUCCGUUAUCGAAAGAGAUUUUUGCGGAACUCCCAGCAGAGUUUGCGGUCUGCAGGGUCAGCUCGUGUGCACAAAGAGCCCCGAGCUAGAAAUUUCCUCCUGUGACCCAUCAGGGACUGUUCUCUGUGCACCAGAGAGGUGCUUUGGGUACUCCGAAUGACCAGCGUCAACUAACAAAUACGUUUAUAUAUAUAUAUAUAUAUUUUUUUUUUUUUCAUUUUAAAAACCAACCUGGUGUCUGGAAUGUCUCUGAAUCUGAAAGAAAAUUUUUUGUUUGUAUUUAAGCCACCAUUACCUUGACACUAAAAGCCUCAUGUGGUACCUGGUUUUACAUGGUUUCUAGCUGGUCUAAAUGGUUGACCAAUUAUCUUACGAGCCAGUGUGGGAAUAAAGUUGACCUGACAGACUUUUUAGGUCAAGUUGGUUGGAGAUGAUGGGCCACUGUGUUUUAAUCAUCAACCAGGCAGCCACUUUAAGGCUACUGGUAUAUUGGAAGUUCUUUUAGGGAUUUUUGUUUGUGUACUUGCCUUUUGGUAAUAGAAUACUUAAGCUGAACAAGCGCACAUUGUGCUAUCAACGUGCUGUGUGCUACGCCUGAGCCAUAAGACAAAGUUCAGUCUCUUAAGUAAGCAAUAAGGUGUGAGAGGCUGUGCUGUAUCGUGAUAAGUAACGGCUGAAGGGCGUUGUUAGGCACAUCGCGAAGCAACCCCUUCAGCCGUUACUAAUUCACAAGACAGCACUUGCCUCAAGUACCUUAUUGCUUUUAUAAAACGGUUAUCACACAAUAUUAAAGAAAGAAAAAUUAGUGCAACUUUCAUGAAGUUAAAUCAAUAAAAAGCAUUCCUUCCGCUAGAAAAAAUAGUCCCUGACCAUGAACAAAAAUGUGUUCCAAUGUGUAAUAUGCAUGAAAGCUCAAAUAAAAACAAUAAACCGAUACAUGUGGUUGCUAAGGGUGUUGCUAAGGGUGCAGUGAUAAACAGAACCGUUGGGUGAAGCGGUCAUAGCCAUGUUUUAUCGUGAAUAAAGCACACCUAUUGACCAAUCAGAAUCAAGGAUUGGAACUAACCGUUUUAUAAGUAUUAGUAAUGAUGCAACUCUAUCAAAAAUUAAUAAUACAAUAUUUACACUUGCCUUGUGCAGUGCUUGGAUUACAAACCUACAUUUUAGGACACUGUUGACCACAGCCUUUACUAAGCUGGGAAUAAAGAAUUGAGAUUUAAAUGCGUAGGCGAUGAGGAGUUGCUCUAUUCACAUUACGAGUGAGCAAUGUUCUUGUUGCUCUCUUACAUGUUUUAGAUAUUUUACUUUAUAUAUACAUAAUACAUUGUAAUGCAGUGGUCUUAUGUUGCAAAUACAGUAUGACUUCUGUAGGUAAUAUUAGAAAAAGUAAACUCUGGUUUCGGUUUGAAGCUGGUUUCUAAUGUUUAACGCCACUACUGGCAUCAAACUUCAAUCUUAUUUCUAUCAUUAACUGUGGCAUGACCAAUUGAAUGGGUUUGCAGUGACACUUAGCUGUAUGUUAAAUGAUGACAAAUGGGAAGAGAGAAAAAAAUUAUGUCGUUGCAAUUCUGCCAUGUGUUUCAGAAAUUACGCACUUAAGGUUGAAGACCAAAGCUUCACUUUGUAGGAAUGGCACAGUGAUACAGAGUUUCCACUCUGUAAAACCAUAUUCAUAGUUAGGAAUUGAAAGUUGUAACUGUAAAAGUGGAUUGUUCGGCUGUCUAUGCCACUUUGUACCUAAAACACCUGCAAAAACACUGCAUUACUUUUAUUUACGCAACCAAAUAGAAACUAAAUACCUCUUAAUAGCAUUGCCUCUAGAACGUAUUUAAUGUGUUUUGCUACUACUGAUGUAUUGGCAAUUCUUCAACACAUUUGCAAAGGAACAUAUUUUUGGAGAAAAUAUAUAACUGCUUUCACUCAAACGUUCCUGCAAUAAGGAUUUUUCUAAUUUAAUUCCACUCCUCUUUGUCCUAAAGAGAGUUUAUGUCAUUAUCCUGAGUCAAGGACACAUUUUUCAUAUAUCAUUUGAUAAGAGAUAUCACGGUAUAUAUAUUUUUUAAAGCCAUACUGUAUUUUGAAGAACAAUAGUGUUUUUUCGGCAAUAUAUAGAGUGGUAUGCAAUUCUGGUGCAUACCGUAACAUAAUAACUAGCUUGACUUGUAAAUUAUCCUCAUAUGAAACAACUUUCGGGUUGGUCUAGAAUCUUCCUGAGACAGAAUAUUCUUUUUAAGUGGUCUGGAAUUGACUUAAUAAAGAUUUAUGCUUUAUCUUUUAUUUAUCAUUAUUUUGAGAGUCACACCCAUGUCCUACCAAAUUAUUUAAUAUAAAAAUUAAGGGGGUGAUACAUUUCGUGUUGUACAUGGGUCUCCAACAUUGUUCCUGAAGGGGCACCUGCCCUGCAUAUUUUAGUUCCAAUCCUACUCCAACACACUGCCUCUAAUUUUAGGUAUCACUGAAACCAAGCACUUUAGGCAAGAGUUGCAUAAACUCCAUUCACUCCAAUGGCAAAUCCAAUGGCAGUUACUGCAAGCCCCAUAGAAUUGCAGCAGAGACUGAAUGUGAUGAACUUAAUGAUAGUUUUAAGAUUUAAGGGGGUGGUUUCCCAAACAGGGAUAAGACUUGUCCUAGAUCAAAAUAAAUGUAAGAGCUGUCCAAACUGAAAACAACUUGCACUGACAUAUCUUAAAAUACAUCAGUGCUCUUUGUUUUGCCUUAAAAUGCACACCAGUCAUGUUUUUAGUAAGACAUGUUUGUUAAACCAGCUAUAUUUCAUAAAUAAUCUAAGGCCUAGUCCUGGCUUAAAUUUAUACCUGUCCGGGAAACCACCCCAAGAUGUUUAAAAAUAAGAUUGAAUAGCACUACAUGUGAAUCAAAUCACUUUAUUCGUUACUUGAAUUUAUUGUGGUUGAAGAUAAUUUAAGCAACACAUAUCAAAACAAAAACAGCCUUUUAAUGGUAAAUGUUAUUUUCUUAAUGCAGAUUCAUCCAUUAUUGUGUAGUUAGAGAGACUAUUAAACAAGAUGGUGGUACAUAGCACAAAUUGAUGCAUUAAACAUGUGGGUGGAGGGUGAUUCUGCUAGUUAAUUAAAUGCAAUAAAUUAAUUUAUUAAUAACGUGUUCAUGGAUUAAUAAUAAUUGAAAGUUAUAAAGAUGGGAUCUCCCAUGUUUUCUUUCAAAAAGAAAACAACACAACACUGAGCCAGGGGUAUUAUUAUUUACAAUAAAUUAAACGUGCCUUAUGAGUCUCUUUUAAAAUCGUGUUCUUAUAAAUCAAACGGGCACAAGUUAUAUAUACAGCGCACAGUCAAUUAUACAUUAUAACCAUGAAUAAACUAAUUAUAAGCUUAUGGAUUUUAAAGCUUUAAAGUUGUUGGAGGCAGUGUAAAACAUGUUAACAAGGCACAUACCAACAGCUGACCACACUAAUCUUCCCAUAUUAAUAGAUUUUAUUUGUCAAAAAACAUAGUUAAUAAAACUACAUGAAAAUACUACCUACCCAUAUUGCUGUGAUAUAUAAAUAUUAUAAAUCAAUGCAUUUCUUGACUAUUAAUUAAGAAUUAUCACAGCUCUUUGCCUCUAACUUAAUGUAUUUCAAUGGCUCACUAUGAGCAUACAGCAACUAAAUGAAGUUUCCAUGAAUCAUGUGACGAACAAGCUUUUUGGACUUCCGUUGUCAAAAAGGCUUUGAACUAAACAACUUGAUUCACAGGUUCAGGUGUUUUUGAUUGGGGUUGGAACUGAAAUCUGCAGGAUGGGUGCCCUCCAUAAACAAGGUUGGAGACCCACUGUGUAGUAUGUCCAGUUCUUUUAUGAAUGGCUAUUUAUUUUGUUAGCAAAUAUUGUCCAAAGCACGGCGCACCUUAACGAUAGUUAUCAACAAUUGCUGACCAAUAUUUCUUGUGUUACCUUUACUUUAAAAAAAAAAAAUUAUGAACAGAAACAAAUAUACUUUUGGGAAAAAAAUAAAGACCAACAUCAAACUUUUUCUUCUUUUCUGUGUUAGAAAGCUGUGAAUACAUAAUAUGAAGACAGACCAGUGUGUUAUGCCAUCUUUAUGUGUAAUACAUUAAAAAUGUUAAGAAUAAAGUUAUCUUUUCUAUUUUGCUGUAUAUAUAAGUAAAAGGAAAAGCUGCUGUACAUAUAGUAAUAUCUUUUUUCUAAAACUGUGAAGACAAAUAGAUUUAUUUUGUGAAGCGUUAGGCUUUCUGGGUCUAAAACUGGAUAAAUAUUGAAUGCUGUAAUAGAAAUCACAUCUUGUUACAUUAAAUUGAUUAUUUUAUAUAUUUAUUUAACUCUUGAAUUUAGGUUACUUUUCAAAAUCUGUUUAGGGGAUUUGAAUAUGAUGCUUCUGACAAUCCGAGUUUGGCUUCUGAAGCCUUGUAAAGAGGGAUGUGUAAACAUUAAAGCUGGUAAAACAA